CACUCAGUGGCUGGUGUGGCACAAGUAUGGUGGUUGGCUGAAACCGGAUACAUUGCAAAUGCAUAUGGGUCAGUAAGCUAGUAUUCGUAUGCAGGAGCGGGCGUUUGCAGUGAACCCUAAGGGCACCGUUGGCCGCGACAGCACACGGAUAAAGCGAUCGAAGUAUAAAAUUUUCAGCAGUGAGCUGUUGUCGACACAAGCCGACAGUCAACCUCAGGCGAAAUUUAACCACUUCGUCCUUCGCUAUGCCAUAAUGUGUAUUAGAAGAACACCAAUCAAAAGGACACCAUGAAAAGCCUCCUGUCACUGCUGUGAACAAACACCAUAAGCACCUUCCGGUUUCGCAGAUAGUAGUUUUCUGUUUCCCCUUUUUUUCCACACCCGCCCUUUUCAUGCCAAAUUUGCUGACAAAACUGUAUGGAUCGUAAGCAAUCGAUUCUUCCAGAAAUUGGCAUCGUUUAAAACGGCUCAUUUGUAAGGAAGAACUUCCCCAUUUGUUCAAUUACACCAUCUAUCAAACAAGUUCUGCCGUUAACCGCCAACAGAAUGUCUUCGAACUGCUGUGGUACGAAAAAGCAGAAGCUGAACGGAACGUAUGCUGCAACCAACGGCUACUGUUCCUCCUGUGGCACAAGUGUAGGUGAUCAGAACCACAUUUGCCGUGGCACCAGUCAACAAACGAACUACAACGGGGACGUCGCCUAUCAGCAAAACGGCCGUUCACCAUUGCCUUCACAGCCAUCGACGAUCAUUGCAAUGUCCGAUAUGUGCUUCUAUUGUUUCGAGGUACUGUACCGCGAGCUGCACGACCUGGAAGAACCGCGCACGCCAAACUUCAGCAACGAUCCGUAUCCUCUUUUCGUGACUUGGAAAAUCGGAAAGGAUAAGCGUUUACGUGGCUGUAUCGGUACCUUUACUGCGAUGCGUUUACACUCAGGACUUCGAGAGUAUGCAAUAACAAGUGCUUUAAGAGAUUCCCGCUUCUCGCCAAUCACUCGUGAUGAAAUCCAAAGACUGACCGUCUCGGUGUCGAUCCUGCAGGGCUUCGAGGAGGCUCGCGGGUAUCUCGACUGGACGCUCGGCGUCCACGGUAUCCGCAUCGAGUUCUAUAAUGAGCGAGGCUCCAAGCGUACAGCAACCUACUUGCCUCAAGUUGCUACCGAACAAGGCUGGGACCAAACACAGACGAUAGAUUCACUGUUACGAAAGGGUGGCUACCGUGCACAGAUAACGCCGGAAACUCGUCGCUCGAUUAAGUUAACCCGCUACACAUCCCAGGAGUGUCACAUGUCAUACAAUGAAUAUCGUGAUAUGUUAGAGAAGACAUCCCACUACCAUAGCCAGCUGGUUAAGUUGCAAUGCUAACGCUGCUCAAUUUUGCAGCUAUCCGCAAGGUAGGGAUGUAAAGACCGCUCAAAACAAGUAGAUCAGGUCGGCUCUAUUGCAUCUUUUCCUAUUUCUUACUUGCAUCUUUUUCUAUUCUGUUUUUUUUUUGAGAGUAGUUUAGUUUAUACCAUUUUUGAACCGCUUUGUUUCGAUAGAAAAAUGUUGGACCACCACGUUUUUUGAUUUAUUUCUCAAAUCUUUAUAUGACACAAUAUUACGAAACUGUCAUCAAGAACUUCAUCAAGUUAUUUAAAAAAAUGCAAUAACAUCAAAUUGAAAGUAAAUAUUUAAAUUAGAAAAAAAUUAAUAAAAAAGGCCUUCCUGCCCCAAAAACAGUACAGUGCAUCUUCUCUUCAUCGGUUAAAACAAUAUUUGUUAAACUUAGGCAUCGUAGUAACAAUGACUUUUACUAGCAUGUUUUUUUUACACUGAUCAAGUAAAAAUUUUAACCGUAACCGGUGUUACGAAUUACGUAUGAGUUACUUUUAAUUAGGGCACAAGUGUUUUCCGCGGUUCUACACAUGCGUAACAACGAUUUACUGGAAAAGUAAUACCAACUAACAAAAGAUGUUUCUUAAUUAUUGUAAAGUCGAUCUACGCUAGUUUAACAAAUGAGUGACGAAUCAUAUUUCAACUUUCCAUGUUAACAAUUCAAUGCAUUGAAUUGUCAUUUCAAAGAAAAAAUCACGAUAUUAAAUGUACGGAGUAGUAGGUAGCAGGGAAUGCAGGUGGGCCACGUCGAAUAAACAGCGCAUUAGUAUCGAAAACCAUCGUUGUCCGACCUUGAUUGAGACUUUUUGGUGUAGCCUGCAACAGGUACCAAUGGUUAAGUUAUGUUUUGCGCAACGACAGAAGCAAAACAACAAUUGAACCACUAACACUGCAAUCACUAUGUCAAUAAACAAUAGAGCACCCAACACCCAGCGCAAUUGCCGAGAACCUCUUUCCACGCUGCCGUAUUCGUCAACCAUAAAAAGGAAGUAAAAGGCAAACAACAAAAAUAUGAAACAUAUGCGUGUUACAUUAUUCGUUUCUUUCGAUUCAAUUUAGAGCUGGCGAAAACUUAACAUAGGAGCGGGGAAUAAUGUGAUUGCACUUCACUGCCACAUUGAAUACGAUAACUAUAAUUUGAAAAUUGAUUGGAAGAGCACACUCGCAUAUAUAUAUAUAUGUAUAUAUAUAUAUAAAUAUAUACAAAUAUAUAUGUAUAUUAUAUUUAUAUAAAUAUAUUUAUAUAAAUAUAUAUAUAUAAAUAAAUAUAUAUAUAUAUAUGUGUGUGCGGGUGUGUAUUACGUGUUA